GUUACGUUUACUCUGUGUGUGUGUGCGGUGGUAUACGUGUAAAUUGUAUAGGGUUUGUUCUUGUGUGUGUGCAUGGAGAUCUCCUUGGUGUGUGCGAUGAAUGCGAGCCAGCCAGACUAUCGCUGUGAGCAAAAACCGCAUCCUCGAUCUGCAAUGCUGCUGUGAAACUAUUUUCGCAUCAUGUCAAGGCGUAAGCAACCCGCUCCUGCCCGACUCUCCGAUGACCUUGAAGGAGAGGGGACAGGAAAAGGGAAGAAAGCCAAGUCAGAGCCAGCAUCAGAAGUGACGAGGAGAUCGUCUGUUAAGGGUCGUCAAUCAGUGGACAGAAAGCAGCCCCCAGUAAGAUCAGUGAACGGUCACAGCAGAGAGAGACCCACGGCAAAGAGGCGGAACUCAUUAGCCAAGGAUAAGAAAACUCAAGUUCAGAAGCGAUCAGCGGCAAAGUCGGAUCUGCAAAAUGGAGAUGUUGGCGAGCUGCGUGUGACAAAGAAGUCUUUCAAAAAGGGUAAAUCUGAUGAUGUGGUGGAACCGGAAACAGGACCGGAUGGGAAAGAACAUGAAGUGAAAGAACCUGAAGUGAAGGAACAAGAUGUUAAUGGGGAGGUGGUGAAUGGUGUAGAGCCAAGUGACGCAGUUAGGCAUGAGCAUGCGUCCCUCGCUGAUGGGGAUGAUGCUGCCACCACCGUUGAUGACUUGCAGGAUAAUCGUGUUGGCAUUGCUGGUUGCCUUGUAGAGCCUGCUGGUGAGUCAGACAUAGGAGGAGGGGGCACGACAGCCGGCGUGGAUCAAGUGCCUUCAUCACAGCAACCCUUGACAGGUGUUGAGGCAAUGCAGAGGGGGCAAAAUCAAACUGAAGAGGGGGAGGAGGAGGACACAAAGCUUGAUGAUGCAGAGACUUCAAACUCAUCAAUGUCGGUCUUGCAGGAUAACUCUCUCCCCGACCAGGUAGACUUUCUGAGUGCUAAGGCAGCAGCGGCAGCGGUUGUAUCGGGGGCGGUCCUCGCUGCUGCGGUAUCUAUGGAGGAUGAACAGUCGAUUGCGAGUAGCUUCGGCGGUGGCAGCAUGAGGGGUCCUGAGGAAAUCGGGAGGAGUGAUUCACCAAUGUGGACUGACAGAUGUCUGAAGCAGGAGGGGGAGACUCAGAAUGGGGUGGAUGGAGGGUCAAUGAAGCCAAGAGCUACUUCACCUACGAGUUCUGUUUCCAAUGACAGUACACCAUCAAAGAAUUCUAUGAAGAGAAGACGUCCUUUUGAAUGUCCCGAGUCCUUAACAUGCCAGGUCUGCAACAUUGACUUCCCAACUGCUCAUGAGCUUACACUCCAUGUCCGCACCCACAAUGCUGCCAGCUCUCACUCUUGCACCAUCUGCGGAAAGAAGCUGAGCUCAACCAGUUCCUUGGACCGUCACAUGUUGAUCCAUUCUGGAGAAAGGCCCUUCACCUGUCCAUUGUGUUCCAUGUCCUUCACCACCAAUGGCAACAUGCAUCGUCAUCUCCGAACCCAUGAGAAAGGAGGUGAGCUGCCUCCUCCAGACUAUGUGGUGAAGCACGACUAUGCCAAGCCCCGCAAGCGUGUUCCUUCUCGAAGGGUCAUCGAAAACCUUGACAUCGAAGGUGGGAGUGCACAGCGGGAAGGACAACCUGCCAAGAAGAAGGUGCAUCAUAGUGAAAAGAAAUCCCCAGAAAAGAAGCUACCUGUGGAAGGGAAAAAGCCUUUGAACCUUAGUAUGAAAAGUUCUGAUGAAGGAAUCUCUAAUAUGCCUAUGGACUUGUCCUCAGGGGAAACACAGACACGUGUGAGUGAAAGCGUCGAAGAGGAGAAGAAAGUAGAGGAAGAACUUUCAUGCCCUAUAUGUAGUAAAACAUUUCUAUGUAGAUAUGGUCUCCAGACUCAUAUUGAGCAACAUCCUAACAAAGUACUGGAAUGCAUGAUUUGUAAUCAAACAUUCCGCAACCAGAAGGGUCUCCGUAUGCAUGUCCACAUGGCUCAUCGAAGAAGCAAAGCCCCAUCCCCUGUCACAGCUAGUGAGAAAGAAUUUUCAAGUAUGACUGAGUUGGGAUUCGCUGAAUUCUCCUCUCCAAAGUUUGCCCUCAUUGCUCAGGUGUGGUGUGAAAAGAAUUCUCCCAGAACAACUGAUUUAGAAAGUUUAUAUGAGUGUAAGGACUGUAAUAAAUCUUUUCCCUGUCAAAGUGCCUUAAAUCUUCAUUAUGAAAAAAUGCAUUCCACAGGUAGUGUUGGAGAGAUGGAUAUCGACAGUGAGAAUAUUGACCCUUCUAAUGAUGAAAUAUCACGUGAUGAAUUCCUUGCUGCGCUGAAUCUCAAACCAAGAACCCCUCCGCAGUCACCUAAGAAAGUGCCUAAACCAUCACCCAAUAAUUCCCCACUAAAGUCCAAAGACAUUGAUAUGGUCGAGUCCAUCCGCCCAGCACCUAUUCUGAAUAGCAUGCUGAGCAGACCAUCGCUCACAUCUCCAGAGAAAGCCAAAAGCUCUUUGCUUCAACAACAUCUUCAAGCUUCACCUCUUUUAGCAAUGAAGCACUUCUCAAAUCCUCUAGGUGCACAGCUCCACGUUGCUCAGGCUAAGCCAAUGUCUAUGAAGCACUCCCCAGUCAAGGGUGUUACAGCAGGAAGUCUCCCACACAUCAAAUCAGAACGAGAUGUCGCUGAAGGAUCGGAGUGUAGAGUGGAGAAUGCUGUUGAGCCAAAGUCUGGUGACGUUGCCAUGGAAAUGCACACACCUCGUGAGUUUGCCAGUCAGAAUAAUGCAACAGCAGAAGUUCCUGAGAACUUAGCUAACGAUAUAGUAGCAGCUGAAGUUGGAGGAGAAUUUAGUGCAUCACUAGAGGAAAUAGAGGAGGAACCGUGUGAUCUUUCAUCUGUUAACAAGAAGAAAGGAAUCCAUACCUGCAAGUACUGCAAGAAAGUCUUCCCAUUCUCCAGCACCUUGAAGGUUCAUACACGUAGCCACAUGGGUCUCAUGCCUUACAAAUGUAUGCUGUGUGAUUAUGCGAGCGCAGACAAGAGUACCCUUGUUAGACAUAUGCGCACACAUAGUGGAGAACGCCCAUACUCUUGCAAGGUCUGUGACUUUGCAUUCACCACCAAAGCCAACUGUGAGCGCCAUGUUAGGAAGCGGCAUAACAAGAAUACCAAAGAAGAAGCAGAAGAAGUCAUUAUUCACAAUCCAAGCCCCAAGCAUGACAAUGAAAGCAAGUACAGCUCGCCAUGCACAGUUUGCAAGAUUUGCAACAGGGAUUUCAAAUUCUUCAGAGACUUACAAAACCAUCUGCGUGUUCAUGAGAAGACGCCCCAGAAGCCCUUCACGUGCACCAAGUGUCAAGUAGGCUUUAGUAGCCUCAGUAAUUGUGCUCGGCACAUCAUGAGGCGCCAUGAAGAAGUGAAAGCAGAUGAAGUGGAGACCUAUAUCACUGUGUUCCAGCAUGAAGAUGAGAAGAAUGCCCCUAUCAUCAAGAUUCCUAAAUACGUAAAGAGUGAGUCGAGAAGCAUUACCCCUAACUUUGAUAAUCAAGGAGAGCAGCUAGAACCAUUGGAUUUUAGCUUAAAGAAAUCCCCGGAGAACUGUAGCACUACUGCACAGGUUGGUCAACGCAGAAAUUCAAUAUUUACUGAAGACACCCCAAUCGAUCUGUCCAUGCCUAAAUCUGCUCUACCACUGAACUUUUCGGUAAAGCCUGCAAAUUCACUUGGAAUCUAUCGCUUCAAAGAAGUCUACCAUAAGUUUUACAAUGCAGUUACUGAUGCUCUGAUGUGCCCACAUUGUCCUUUGCAAUUCAACCGUGGAAGCCAUCUUAAGACACAUAUUAGGAGUCAUACAGCUGAGAGACCUUAUCGAUGUCACCUUUGCCAAGCUGCCUUCACAAUGAAAGCAAACCUUGAAGCUCAUAUAGUACGUCGUCACAGCAAUUCAGAUCAUUCUGAAUCCCAGCAAUCCUUCAUCCCAAAGAGUGCCACACCUAUGCAGUUCAAACUAAUGGCCAAGUCUUCAUCAGGUCUGCGUUUCACAUCAAGAGCAUCAAAGACUGCUGUCCCUCUCAUCUCACCCAACACUCCAGUUGGUGCAUCUCAACAGAUCAAGCUUGGUCCAUCUCCACAUAACAGUGUUGGUUCAGACUCCAGUGGAGAACUUGCCAGUGUUAGUAAGAUGCUGGCAGCUACUGAUUCAAAUCAGUUCAAACUGUUUCUAUCACCACCAGAAUCUAGAUCACCCCUUACAAUCACUGAGAUUUUCCAUGAAACAGAUGAUGACUACAAGGAUGAGGAGAGCCAGGAAAUCUUGAACAACAUCUCCGGUGAACCCCCUGAAAUGGGACUUGACCGCAUUCAAAAUGUUGAUGUCUUCAAUCAAGACUCUGCAAGCGAAACCAUGGAUUUAAGUAUGUCAAUAAAGGUAGAGGAGCAAGAUUCUUUGGUAGAUGAUGAAUCAGGUGGAGCUCUCCAUAUUGUGGAAGAUGACAAAAUAAUAGAUGACAGUGAUAAGAAUGUAAAAGAUGACAGAAAGGAAAGAAGGGGAACAAAGUUUGAAAGCAAACAGUGCUGUCCGUACUGUGGCCGACGCUUCCCUUGGAUAAGUUCUCUGCGAAGACACAUCCUCACCCAUACUGGUCUUAAGCCGUACCAAUGCCCUCAGUGUGGUGCCAACUUCUCAACCAAAUCCAAUUGCGAGAGACACAUAGUAAGGCGUCAUGGUGGUGCAAGGCCUGGUAGUCUAGGAGGUUCUGUACCUGGAGGUCAAGAUCAACCCUUCAUGUGUCCAGAAUGCAAAGGGUUCAAAUGUACUACAAGAACACAGCUGCAAGGCCACUAUGAGCAGAAUCAUCCACAAAUUGACUUUGCUGGCAUUUACCCAGAAGCCAAGAAGGUAGCAUCAACUUCCGUAGAGAUAGUAAAUAAACAACUUGAUGCUAAACUUACUUCAGAAGCUCCCUUGUGUUUGAGAGUAGACAACGGUAACAGUGGAAAGAGCAUCGAGGGGGACACCACACAAUCUGAAGACAUCCCUGCUGACUUGUCAACUACUAAUUCCAAGUCACAGAAGAAAUCUAAAGGUGUUCCACUUCGAGUAAAAAUGUUUACUGGCAAGGGUGUUGUCAAGGUUGCUGCUGUGAAUGGUGAAUCUACCGAUGCCUUAGGGGAAGAUGAAGUUGCAACCACAAAUGGUGGAUCACUGAUAGAAGAUGAUGCUAAAGAUUCAUUUGCGGAAAGUGCCUCACAAGUGCUGGGGGAAGAGAUAGAAGAAGAGUUAGAAGACGAAAUGAAAGACAUUCUUGAAGAUGAAGGAGUAGUUAGUGUUCAGCCCUCUGGUGAUGAUGUAGAUGAAAUUGUGCCCCAAAUUGCUGCAGCUGUUGGAUUGAACUCUUCUGAUGCAAAGUCUCGUCCGAAGGGAAAGAAAAACAGAGCUCGAUUUGAAUGCACCCAAUGCUGCAAGCGUUUCAAGACUGCUGCAACACUAGAGAAACAUGAGAAAGUACAUGAAAUUGAACACCCUUACCACUGCACAGAUUGCAAGGCAACUUUCACCACCAAGUUCAACUGCCAUCGUCAUAUGAUAAAGCUGCACAAGAAAAACAAAGAAGACAUGGCUAAUUGGUCAUUGAAAGAAGAUGGCACCGGAAGUGUCAAGAAUAGUGUAAUGAAUGGGGACAUUGGCCAAAUGACUGCAGAAACUAAUCCUCAAGCCAACCAAGAACUAGAUAACAUGUCCCACACUUCGCUCAACCUUGGUGACAGUGUCAGUGCCUUAGGGGAGACAAACAAGGAUAGCAGAAAUGGUACUCCUGUCCCAUUCCAUCUUACUCAGAAAGGUAAGAAACGUCCAAGCUUGGCUCAACUAAUGAAGAUGACCAAGUCUCCCAAGCUUGAUGAGGCAUUGAGGUCUGGUGCAGUACAAGAUCUGCAGGGAAACACUGAUAAACUAAUGGCUGUCGAGAACUGGUUGAAUUCUGAUCUUGACCUGCAGAAUGGUCAAAUGAAUGGCUAUGCCUCGGAUGAUGAAAUGAACUAUGAUGGAGACAUUCCUAUUCUCAACCCAGAGUCGCCCACAUCCACUCAAGAAAGCCAACGUAACUCUGCAAGCUCUACCAAUGCUGGUAGCUCCAAGAAACCCACACAGCAGCAGGGGCUGUACGUGUCUAGUUUCUUGGAAGAUGAGGACUCUCUGGUGGCUCAGGAUGUUGCCAACCCCUCCGAUGUCUUCACCGGAGGACAGGGUGAGGAAAAGAAUGACAUCAUAUCAAAUCUCCUAGGAAUCCAGGACUCGUCUGUCCUAGAUCAGAUGCUUGAAUCUGCUGACUCGGCUGCAAGACUUCUAGGAGUAUCGAAUGGAUAGAUAAUACCUGGUUACAAUAUACCGAUGUGAUUUGUACAUAUUUCUUUGUGUGAUUUACAUUCCAUCACUCAACUAUCUUGAUUGUCUUGGAAAUCUUAUAAAACAAGAAAAUCUUACCGUUUUUCCUGAAGAAUUUAUAUUGCAUUUGUGCCUCUAAUAUCGAUCUUUCAAUUCAUUAUCUCUUCCAUUUUCUACAAUUUUGACAUUUCUGAAUCUUUUUCCUCUGUAAUUCCACAUUCCUUUGUGUUUUCCUAUUUCUUGAAUUUCCACUUCAGUAUUUCCAUCUUGCAUGUCUUUGUGCCUUUUCCAAACUAAUUCUGCCUUGCCGGGAUUUAUAUACCUCUUCAAUAAUAUGGCUUGAUUAGAUGAAAUAUAUGUAUAUUUAUGUUUUGGUUGUAUUGAUAGUGUCAAAAUUUGUGCCUGGAUGUGUGAAGUCUAUAAUUACAGAGAUGAUAAACUGUGAAGUUUGAUGGCACUUUUCACAUUCCCAUGUCGUAACUAUUUUGUUGAAAUGGGACCUGAUAUGCCGAUCUGGGCCCUGUUACAUAAACCUUAUGAAUUGAUUUUAGAGCUGAUGUCUAUGAUAGAUGUCAUUGGUUAUUGUGUAUGAUCACUUGUGAAAAUCAGCCCUAUGAUUAAGUGCUUAGCUUUAUGUUACUCGGCCCAGGAUUCUACUUUUCUAUUUGUGUGUGGAAAAUAUGGUUCUCUUUUCUUCAAAAAACCUGUUGGUGUCAUUCUGUUUCUUGUGUAUAUUUGAAUUCCUUAAAUAUUUAAAGAAGAAACAUUUAUUCUAAAUUUCAUUUUAUAACAGUUCUUAUGAUGACCAAUAAUUUGUUUGCUCUUUAUUGUACUUUAUGUAUAUGAAAUUUAUUGACAACUUGGAGUCAUCUUUCAUUUAACCAACUGAUUGAAUUUUACCAGUGCUAGUGAAAUGUUCGGAAUGUAUGUUAAUUUGACUAUGACAUUGUAAGCUCUAUUCCAUAAGCAUUCGAGUGAAUGCAUUGAUAUUACUUGGUUUAUUCCACACAUUCUUAUUCCACUCAAAUCACAUUUUCAAUUCCUUUAUGCAAUAUACCGGUAAAUGCAUUGAAUAUCAUGAGAGAUAACUCUGAAAUACAUUAAUCACUAUAUGCAUUCAUUUUAUGAUUUUCUUUUUUUUUCAAAACAGACUAUAAUAUUUAUAUUAUGACUUCUGGAAGUUGUCAACUGAUUUGUUCUUUGUUAUGCUUUGGUUUAUUUAAUAUGAUCAUGCUAUAUAACAUCUUUAUGUACUGUAUUAUUACUUUUUUUCAUAAUACACAUUCAUCAAAUGCAAAAUCAAGGUAUUAUAUUAGGCUUGAUUUCUUUGACCUUUGAAUGGCUGCAAUAUUUACACAGAUGUAUUUCCUAGAAUAUAUGAAAACAUAAUUAACGUUCUCAUUCAUUUCAUUAUGGUGCAUUUAUUUCAGACUCAUUUUAAACUCUCCUUCAUUAUAGGGAGUGAUUUAGUUAUAUUUGUAUUGUAAUAAAUGUGACAGAACUGAUAGGUUGAAAUGAAUUCACAGAUUUUCUUAAACAGAAAGGAUGUAAAUAAUUAUGUUUUAGUCUGGGCACAAGCAAUCACUAUUAGAAGACAUCAUACUCAUAAAAUAGGUAUGUGAUAGUGUUUAUAUAAGUCAAUAUAUAAAGGUUUUCAUUUAAUUGGGCAAGUGUAAAAUAUGAAAAUGAUAAUGGCAAAAACUUGGUUUACUGUACAUAAUUUUCUUUCUAUGUUAUGGGUAAUAAGACUCUGAGUGUUCUGUUUUGAAGAUGUUAUCAAAUUUAUUGAGUUUCUUUUUAGAUGUUAAAAUCAGUAAAGUUUAUAUAUAUGUUUGAAGAGUUUUAAGUUUGUGAGACACUGCACAUUGAUUGUGUAACUGAUGAGUAGAAAUCACAUGAAGUAAAACAAAAUUAUCUUUGAAAUGUGUCAUUGAUUGACAAAAAAUCUUUAUGAAGUAGAAAAUGAUCAGACUGUAAUAAAUUCUGGUUUUCAUGUUUGUUUAUUGAAUUUAUAUAAAAACAGAUCACAUGAUUUAUGAGUAAUUGAUGGCAAUUUAAAGUAUUUUGCUUUUUUGAAACUAUAUAUGUACAUUUUUGUUAUUUUCUAAAAUUUUCAUGGAAUAGGAAAUAUUCAGACUGUCUGUUUUUGUCCCUCUUUUUAUCUAUUUGCUGCAAAAUUUUAAUAUGUAAAUUCUUUCAUUUUUCUUCACUUGUUUCUUGGUUGGAACAUAUAUGUAAGAAGAUAUCACAUCUAUAACAAUUUUGAUAUGAUUUUAAGGUUUAAAAACUAAAGGAUAUUCAUACGUUGAUUUCAUAAUGUACUUUGUCUGUUAUCAUGUCCCUAUAAUGGAGGUAAUUUAUGUUUCUACAUUGUUUUUAAAUUGUGGACAAAAUAUUAGCAAUAUUGAUGUUUGUGCAUAGAAAACACAUAAAUUCAACAUCAGUAUAGUUAGGGUGAACCGAACUUACGUUAAAAAGAAAUUGUAUAUUUAUGGCUUUCCGCUCACUUUGAGAUCUUGUUAUAGUGAUAUCUGGAAAUUCUUGUGUGGUUUAUUCAAGGUCUUGUCUUGGAAAAAAAAUCAAAUCUAGAUCAUAAUUGUCAGUUUGAAGGAAAAAAGUAGCAACAAAUAUUGCUUAUUAGGAAGAAUAUUAAAUGUAAUCAAAGCAAUAUAGAACCAUACUCAACCAAUCACAUAUCACAAUCAUUUCAAAAUCAUGCAAACUGACAAACAUAGUAAUGAAUUUUCAAAUUUGUUAUUAUCCAGUAUCAUGAAAUAAAGGUGGAAAAUGGCCUCAAACUCAGUCCAUCCAAAAUAUGACAACAAAACUCUUUCCACAUAAAUUGUUGUAGUCAAGAAACAUUUCCUUUAUUCACUUGUGCCUUGAUCUGUGUAUUGACUUGAAAUCAAUAGCCAUUUAUAUCUAUCACUUUCUUGAUGUGUCGUUAAACAACAAUCUUCCAUAUGAAGUCUUCCUUCAAUUCUUUUUUGAUAUGGUUGUCAUGGAAACAAAGUAGAAGAGAGUUUAUGUCUUCCCGAAUCAUGAGCAGUAGUCGUUGAAAUAAAUUAUUAUGGGAUUAUGCGGGUUGUAUUUUAUAGAUUAUAUAUGUUGAGAUUUGUUGGUGUAAUAGUGAUCAGUAAUAAAUGUUUUAUGAUCAUGGAA